UGAGGUAGGGGGGGAUGUGCGGCAGUGAUUUCUCGUUGAGAUCCAAACGGUGAAGGGGAAUUUCCUCCAAAAUAUGUGGAAACAAAACACAUUAUGUAGUGGAACCUUUGUACCCACACUUCAACUAGAAUAACGUAGGCUUAAAUAAAGCGCUGAAGUGAAAAAGUGGUAGGGUCCGCCUGGUUUGGUUGUAGUUUGGCGUCGCAGAGAAAAAGUAACGUUAGCUAGCAUGCGUAGCGUUAGAGUGGCGGAGAAACUUCACCCGCCGUAAAUAAACACAAAACUAAGGCUAAACUAAACCGAACAGCUGCAAAAAAAAAGUACAGUGGUGGUGUCUUCGCUGUUUACUUCUCUUUAGGCGAACAUGCCUCGGAGGAAGCCGUUCAGUAACAAACAGAAAAAGAAACAGCUUCAAGUGAAGCGGGAGAGAAAACGAGGUGAUCCAGGCUCAGGUCAGAACAGCCGGAAUGCGAGCGUGGAGAGGGGAGUGAGACGGGACAGACAGUCAGACACAUCGGACAGUGAGACAACGGACAUUAGGAAGAUCAACCAGCAGCCUGGCACCAGAGACGGCCGUUAUGACCCCAACAGAUACCGCCUCCACUUUGAGAAGGAGAGCAAAGAAGAGGUUGAGAAGCGGAAGAAAAUGGCCCGGGAGACAAUUCUGCAACCAGUUCCGGAGAGAGAGCUGGAGAUGGACAUCAACCAAGUCUUCCCCGAAGAACAAGGGCUGGAUUUCCCACGGCGGCCCUCCUGGCAUUAUGGGAUGCAGAGAGAAGAGCUUUUGAGAAAAGAGGAGAAAUCUUUUCAUGAGUUUCUGGACUCUCUUUAUUCGAAGAACCCUCCUGGAACCCUCAGCCACUUUGAGCACAAUCUAGAGACUUGGAGACAGUUAUGGAGAGUGCUAGAGAUGUCCGACAUCAUUCUGCUCAUAGUGGAUCUCAGACACCCUGUGCUGCAGUUUCCUCCAGCCCUGUAUCACUACAUUACAGGACCACUGCAGAAGCAGGUAGUUCUGGUGCUGAAUAAGGUUGACCUGUGCCCUGCUCCGCUCGUGUUGGCAUGGAAACACUAUAUGACCAAACACUUUCCUCACCUACACUGUGUCUGCUUCACCUCUCACCCAGGACAGCCCUACAGCACCUUGCUGCAGAAAAGGAGGAUGAGGCGAAAGGGGGGGUGGAGCCAAGCAGGAGGACCAAUCCACAUUAUGAGGGCGUGUCAAGAGAUCACGGCAGGAAAGGUUGAUUUAAGUAGCUGGGAGAGUAAGAUACAGAAGGAUGCGGUUGCCAUGGGAACAGAAGGGGAUUGGCCUGAUGAUGGGGCAGACACAGUGCUGAUGGAGCACCACAGUGAUGUUGCUAUGGAAAUGAACAGCCCCACACAGGAACUUUAUAAGGAUGGAGUUCUCACAUUAGGUUGCAUAGGUUUUCCCAACGUAGGAAAAUCUUCUGUGUUAAAUAGUUUGGUUGGUAGGAAGGUUGUAAGCGUGUCUCGGACUCCUGGACACACAAAAUAUUUCCAGACGUACUACCUCACCCCCACUGUUAAACUGUGCGACUGUCCAGGACUCGUCUUCCCUUCUCGAGUGAACAAGCAACUCCAGAUUCUGGCUGGUAUCUACCCGGUGUCCCAGCUGCAGGAGCCCUACAGCUCAGUGGGCUUUCUGUGUGAGCGCACUCCUUUUCUCUCUGUACUGAAGCUUACACACCCUGAGCAGAGUCCUGGCACGCAGCAGGAUCACGACUGGACAGCCUGGGAUGUAUGUGAAGCGUGGGCGGAGAGGAGAGGAUAUAAAACAGCGAAGGCAGCACGGAACGAUGUUUAUCGGGCAGCCAACAGUCUGUUGCGGUUGGCCAUAGAUGGACGUCUCUGUCUGUGUCUCCGGCCACCAGGAUACACGCUGAACAAAGAUCAGUGGGAAUCGCACCCAGAGCUGGCUGAAAUCGUGGCUCUGCAGGGCCGCAGGACGGAAGAGGAGGAGAGCAGCGAGAGGGACGAGGAGGAGGACGAAUCGAGCUCUGAGCCAGAGGAGGAGGACGACCGAGACGCAGACGACGACGAGGACGCCGAUGGAGACGACGAAGACGAGAGCGUGAGGUCCGACCGAAAGAGCAAAGGCUUCACUCUCAACAUGUUCGGCGUUCUGGGAGAAAACGAGUGCGAGUGAGAGAUGAACACCUGCUCAUCUCCUGCUCUGAUUCCAUUCAUCUCAGUCCAAUGCAUUCCUUCUUUUUUUUUCAGAUUCAACAAAUUUGCAGUUCUCUUUUUGUUUGUGUUUGAGUAAAACUUUUCUCAAUCAAACUGACUAUGCUGACAAACUUGGACCGACUCACACAUCUUAUACAAUCAUCAAGCCCACAUACACCAGCUUGUUCAUCAUCCUGGCUUUUCCUGCAGUGUAAAGCAGGUGUGCCUCUGUACCUUAGCCAGCUAUGCUCUGUCAGGUUUGUUUUAGUAGCAUCACUAAAGGCCCUUACUUUCACGUACAAGAGAUGCAAUCUCUUUUCUUAUUUGAGAGAUUUAAGAGGGCAGAUUGAAUGUUAUUGCAGUGGUUGAUUGCACAGAUAGAUUCCAAACACUAUCACAGAUGAGUACAAUCAGUGAUUGAUCAAGAAUCUGUGAGUGCGCAGCUUUAUUGCCAAAGGCCACUGGGAGGUCAGAAGUCACUAACCUCACUAAGAGGAGAGAGAAAAUAUCUCUGCAAGAGAACGUAUUUGUUCUGUAGCCGCGUUUCUGCGUGCAGCUUCGAGCAAUAGCGAGUAAACCGGGUGCAUCUGAGGCAAUAAAGUAGAUACAAGCAAGCAACGAAAUAAAAGAUCAAAGCAGAGGAACAACAGAAUUGAAAAUGGCGUAAAGAUCUGAAGCACUUUUUAAAGCAAGGCACUAGGCAUGGUUUCACUAUUCUCCAGACAGACGACACACAGAGCAAGUAAAUAGGGGAUGGCAAUUCGUAUUCAUACCGAGGACCUAGCAGAGAGUCGUUAAGGAGUGAACACGCAGACCACAAAUAAAUGACGCGAAAAAAAAAUCCAGAAGCUUUUUUGUUUGUCCCUCCACGUCCACUUCAAAGCUAUACAGUGCUCAGAAGUAUCUUGGGAUAUCUUUUAUUCUAUAUUGUUCAUUAUUUGCCAAGAUGAAUUUAUCAUUUGCUCAUUCUUAUCCAUCUGAAAAGUUAUAACAGCUAGUAAUAACAACCAAACUCAAAACGACCUCCAUAAUUAACUUUUCUAGCCAUCGAGUGCAGAAGGUUGCACAACUGCUACUCGGCCUAGCUUUUUGGAUUUUCCCGUGGGGAUGAACAGAGUGGCAGGUUUGGACCAUGUCCUGUAUUUCCUGUCUCUUUCCCCCCACUUCAGCACCUUUUUUCUCUCUUUAUUUUGGAAUUUUCAUCGUAUUUAUACUCUUAUUACCAUAUCUGUAACAUUUUAUUACCAAGAGACAGGUUUUUUUUUUGUUGUUUUUUUUUUUAGAUUAAUUUAAUUCAGAAAAGUGUGAUCUGAAAUAGACAUUUGGAUUAGUGUCCCAACAUUUUGAAGCAAAACGGGGGGUUAGGUGAAUGUGUUCUAGCUUGCUAUCAGUUGGACUCUUAAGUCAUAAGUCAUAGUCGAAAUGAUACUUUUGAAUAGAGUAAAGCACAAUUUUAAAACCACAAUACAUAAAAAAUAACUCUAGAAAACAAAAGAUGAUUGAAGUGUUCUAGAACUACUUUUGAGCACUGUAUACACCCCAGAAUUUGUAUUUAUUUUAUUUUUUUUCCCCAUCGUGUUGAUCGAACAGUAUGUCUUGAACUGACACAGAUAUGAUUUGCUACUCCGAGCUCCGAGCAGCUUACUUUUCAUUUUGGAAAAGGGAAAAGAACCUGGAGAUUUUCACCACCAAAUUUCAGCUGCUUAAACUUUAUUAGUGCUUUUGCAAACACCUCUGAUGUCUGUAACUCAGUUUGAGGCAGUACCACACGGAACAAGGCAGGGGACACACUAUCCUUUUGACUUUUGUUAAAAAGUUCUAGCUGCUGCGGCGCAGCCAGUUCGUCAGCUUUAUUGUCGCUAUGCCAGAGGGCCAAUAAAAUAAUGGCUCAUUUUCACCAAAUCCUGCAUGGUGUGUAAAAAAUCAUCACAUAGACACGUGUUCAAAUUAAUUUAGUGAAGUCUGAAUCAGUCGCACGAAUAAUCAUGCUCUGUGUGUAAAGGCCUUAACACUAGCAUUUUAUGGUCUACAAAGUGACCAGGAGGGUUCCUAGCUUUUCAAGAGUAUCUGUAUAUUUUUUUUUCCUCUUUAUACUUCAUGAUGUGAAACUCCUGCCAGGGCUUUUGCAUGGGUGCUGUCAGAAUACUUUUUUGCUAAAUCUUGAUACAAAGGCUGAUCGAAAUAUAAUAUACAUUGGUUUAAUAAUCAAUAUAUUUAAAUUUUGUAAACUGAGUAAGGCAUUAGCUGGCACACAUGCACACAUUUAAAAAAAGGACACAUUUUUUAUUCUGUCACAAUGAUAUUUUGACUGAAUAUCGCAGUGCGGAAUUUCAGCCACACUAGGAGGGAAAAUGCAUUGGCUUGUAAUGCGAUGCUCUGCUUAGUUUUGUUUCUAUGCCUGUGCUUGCCACUGAGCUAUACUAUGCAAGAUUUAAAAAAAAUAUCAGUGUAGAGGACUGCAGUGCUGAACGACUUACCUCAUUUGCUCCAACAUGACCAAAAAGACACAUUAUUUUGCAUACAACAGAUACGCCAUGCUGUGGUGUGGUUUGCACCAAGAUAAAUUCAUAAGAACAUUCAUCAGGUUUCCCUUGUUGGGCUUUGUGAUGGAAUGGUAGUGGUUUUUAAUAAAGCAUGGCACUUACCGAGUUCCUAUGUGCUGUUGAGAAUGGCUGAACAGUAUGAGAACAGAUUUAUAGUUCGCUAAUUGACCGAUCCACGCUCCACCCACAGAUAUUUCUACGUUAGACCUGCUACUAGGUAAACAAAUUCACCACUGCUGUAGCUGGAAAUAACUUCUCAUCCGUGCAAUUGGACAUUUAGAAGCUGGAUUUGAAUGAGAGAACUUCAGUUUCUGAGUUAUAGCAAGUUAAAGCGUGCAAGCAGGCGGGUUUCUAUGAUGGCAUUUUAUAUAAAAAUAAGAGACUUUGAGAAUAAAGUCGUAGUAUUUUGAGAGUAAUGUCAUUUUUUAGAAUAAAAUCCCAAUAUUUUGAGAAAAAAUCGUAUCAUUUUGAUAAUAAAGUCGUAUAAUUACAAGAAUAAACUUGCAAUAUUUCGAGGAUAAGGUGGGCUAAUUGUAGGGGGGCUGCUAUAACUCAUUGAGGCCUCAGGUUGCUGUACUGGCGACGAGGAAGACACAGAGCACGCCGGAGUUCCUCUCCUUUGGGUCAAUCAUUUUGAUUAUCAUUCUCAAUGCCUCCUAUGAAACUACAUGCCCUCUUCAAAUGGCACGGAGGCUUAACCACCGAUAGUCUUGUAGACGACCCUGCCUGCGAGUUCUUCUUCAACAAUUUCCUCCGAGUCCGUCUGGUUCUUUCUUCUAGAUAAACACAGUUUCUUGCACAGCCAUUUCAGCCGUUUCUUAUACUAAUAACAGUCUAGUGCUGAUGUGCCAGGAGAGACAGGGAGACUGAGUGUUUCUUUAUGGGUGAAAUCGAUACAGAAGUGUAACUACCAACUCCUCAACCUCCCUCAUUUAACACAAGGAGGUGCUCCCUACCAUUUGCAAACCCUUUGGCCACAAUAUUGCGACUUUUCUCAGUAAUAUUCAACUUUAAUGUUGUAAUUCUACGACUUUAUUUUCUAAAUAUUACGCCUUUUCUCUCGAAAUAUUACAAUUUUAUUCUUGAAAAUACAAUUUUAUUCUAGAAGUCUGUUAUUUUUAUUUUUUUAACAGUGGCCUAAAACGCCGCUGUAGGGUUUCGGGCUGGAUCUACGGAUUAUUUGAAGGGCUAAACUACACAAAUGUGUUAACAACAUUUCUCAUUACUGGAUUCUCAUUAAAUUCAGCUCCUGUAAAGUUUUGUCCAAACUGACACUAGUAGCAAUGAAAGAAAGCACUUUUUGGUGGAGCGUGGAUUAGUCAGUAAUUCAUUUUUGCAGCGACGGAAUUCAAAUCUUACUAUCUGGAUCAGUUACAUUUUAGCUUGUAGUGUGAAUAGUCUUGAUUCCAGCUAGCUUAAAUAGUAGCAUUCGGAAUCGUAUCUAUCGGAAAUUUAUCGUUCAGUCGUCAUCACAAUAUUGGCCUUUGUCAUACUGAAAUGGCGGAAGGCUGUAAUAUGCAAAUUAGCUCUGGAACCAAUCACAGUGUUGUUUUCUUUGUGCUGUGAGCAUCCUGACCAAUCACAGUUCUAGUGAAGUGAUUUAUUGAUGAAUCAAAGUAUUCGCAUAAUCCAAGGAAAGUAAAUUAUAUUGGUUAAAAUAAUGAAGGCCAAUGUAGUACUUUUAUGAAGGGGUAGUCCAUCCAUUUUUCUAAAAAUUUUUGCAGAAUUUCAGAAAUAGCCCUAAAUCUAGGGAGAAGUUGGGUUAAAGUUUCUUUGGGUGCUAAUUUGCAUUCAACUGCCCUGCAUGUUCACCACACCUUUUAAAAACAUGUUUUAGGCCAAAUUUUGCUCUCAGAACCAUCAUAAAAUGAUGUUUUAGGAGUCAUGCAGCACAUUUAUAACCAAUUCAUGAAAUAACUUUGUGAGGGAGCUUUUAGAGACAAUUACCUCUGGUUCCUGCCACCAUGAACAUAUAUGAUUUAGGACUGAGCAUUUCACAUUGGACAUCUUGGCUAUUUUAUUGUGCAGAAAUUUAGAAAAAUCAGGUUUUCCCCUCUAUAUAUUAUUAAAGCACAUUGCAAUCACAAUAUGUGGCUGUAUAAUCACAGUAUUAGGACUUUGCCUGUAUUGUGCAGCCCUAGCUUGAAGUGACCAGUAUGCUGACCCAAAAAGAAAGAUUCCGUUUCAGUAGUAUUUGAAUCCAGGCCGUACUGACCUGAUGCCUUAACAUCCAGGCUAAGAAAGAAAGGAAAUCUGAUCCUAGAUCUGUGCUCCUACUGAAAGAAAGACUCUUUGUGAAAGCGGGCCCAGAUGAGUUGGCGUUCUGCUUCUUGACUCCGACUCCUGCAGCAGUGCGUGAGUGUGAAGGGUGUGUGUAUGUGCGAGUGACCAGGUGAACAAACAUGCAUUUGUGUGUGUGAAGUAAUCCUCGUUUCAUUCCUAAACGAAAUGAGAUGUUAAAUUGGACUGAAACAGCCCUCUGCAAUAAAGAUGAACCUUAUUGGUAUUAA